AUGUCCGAGGCCGCUAGCGCAAAUACCCCGAAGCCGAGCAGCAGCGUCAAGCUCGUGCUGUUGGGCGAAGCUGCAGUGGGCAAGUCCUCGCUCGUCCUUCGAUUUGUCAAUGAUGAUUUUCAGGAGAAUAAGGAGCCAACAAUUGGAGCCGCAUUCCUCACGCAGAAAUGCUCUCUGCCUACACGCACGAUCAAAUUCGAAAUCUGGGAUACGGCAGGCCAGGAGCGGUUCGCCUCGCUGGCCCCGAUGUACUACCGCAACGCGCAAGCCGCGCUGGUGGUCUACGACGUGACGAAGCCCUCGUCGCUAACGAAAGCGAAACACUGGGUGGCCGAGCUGCAGCGUCAAGCGAGCCCGGGGAUUGUCAUCGCCCUUGUCGGCAACAAGCUGGACUUGACCAACGAUGGCGGCGAUGCCUCUGAGGCCGCAACCGCGCCGGAGGCUGAAUCUGGGUCUACUGGUGCUGAUGGAGAUGAGGGUGCAGGCGAGGAGGACGAUGAGCAGGACGCCACGCCUGGCGAUGCCCGGAAAGUGUCGACUCGGGAAGCCAGCUCGUAUGCGGAGGAGGAGGGAUUGUUGUUCUUCGAGACCAGUGCCAAGACGGGGACGAACGUGGUGGAUGUAUUUACGGCUAUUGCCAAUGCGAUCCCCGAGAGCAGUUUGAAGACUGGUCGAGGUGCCGGAGCAGGCACUGGACAAACUCAGUUGAGUGGCCGGUCGGCAGAUGACUCGCGCGUCAACCUGGGAGAUCGAACUGCGGCGACGGCGAAGGAGGGCUGUGCUUGUUAA